CCCAAGCUGACUUCUGCGACUGUAGUACACUCUGGACACGAUGGCUGCUGUUCAGAAACUCUUUCCUUAUACUCCUAGAGCACCUAUAAGGCAGGGGAUUUACAGCCAGGCGGUGGUGGUGGAUCGGACGAUGUACAUCUCCGGCCAGCUGGGGCUGGACGUGGCCUCAGGGAAGCUGGUGGAGGGAGGGGUACAGGCUCAGGCCAGACAGGCUCUGGUCAAUAUGGGAGAGAUCCUGAAAGCAGCUGGAUGUGGUUAUGACAAUGUCGUCAAGACAACCGUGCUGUUGGCAGACAUGAAUGACUUUGUCAAUGUCAACGAUGUUUAUAAGACAUUUUUCAGCAAAAACUUCCCUGCCAGAGCUGCCUACCAGGUUGUUGCCCUCCCCAGAGGUGGCCUGGUGGAGAUCGAGGCUGUGGCUGUUCUGGGACCCAUCUCUGAGUCCUGACUAACCGGCCAGGGCAUCAACAAGCUGUAAACUAACUAACUAACCUGGAAGUGAAUGUUUAACAGCCUUGAAAUAGUCCUAGUUUAAACAUUAAUUAAAUUAACCCAAACCACCCUUAGACUAUCCUGGCCAGACAUUCUAUUACCUUGAAGAGGAUAUAUAAUGUCAUAACAUGUUCCUGUUUGUACACUGAACAUAAAUAUAAACACAACAUGUAAAGUGUUGGUCCCGUGUUUCAUCAGCUGAAAUAAAAGAUCCCAGAAAUGU